AUGCUCGGUCGAGAAAUAUUAUGUCUAUGGGUGAAACCCGCUUCGAAUAGAAAGUCGUACGCCCUAUGGAAGGAGGAAUGUAAAACUCGUUUUGCGAAAAUUGUACGGCCCGAAUAUGGUGGAAGGAUACCAUGGUUCAUCGCCGAGGAAUGGUCUCCCUGCAGUGUCACCUGCGGCGAGGGCGUCAGGCACAGAGAGGUGCGCUGCAAGAUAUUCCUCGAAUUCAGCCAAACCAUCGCUAAACUACCGGACAGUCAGUGCUCCGGCCCGAAGCCCGUUGAAACGGAGAAGUGUACGAUGGAGCCGUGCGGUUUGCUAGAGAACAGCUUAUCCUACAGGAUCGACACAGUUGGCGAUAGCGGAUACGCCGAGUCGAGCCUAACGGAUUCGUACAGUAGAUCAUCGUCCGGUAGUUCUGGCGGAAGCGGAUACGACAGUAGUAUCAAGGUCGCUCCGGGUAGCGACGUGCAAACUACGUACUCAUGGAAGGAAACUGGUUAUACCCCCUGCAGCGCGACAUGCUUAGGAGGUGUUCAAGAUCUUAUUAUAAAUUGUGUACGGGACGACACCGGGAAAACAGUGAUGCCGCUUUUAUGCUCCGCGGAAACGAAGCCGGAGGCGAGGAUACGAGUCUGUAAUGAUCAUCCAUGUCCUCCAAGGUGGAAUUAUAGCGAAUUCUCUACUUGUAUGAGCCCUUGCGGUAUUGGUAUACAGACACGUGACGUUGCUUGUAUCCACGAGGUGACACCCGGCACCAACAGAGCAGUGACCGUUCCAAAUUACAUGUGUCCGCAACCACCGCCCGCCGAUAGACGAUACUGCAACGUACUGGAUUGUCCUGUCAAAUGGAGCACAGGGGAAUGGGGGAAGUGUUCGAGAACGUGCGGUGGUGGUGUGAAGAAGCGAGACGUAGUUUGCGAGCAGAUAAUGGCGCAAGGUCGCAAGCAGAGUCGCGAGGAACGUGAAUGCCCGGCUCAAAAGCCAGCCAGCGAAAAACCUUGUAACACCAGAGCCUGCCACGACUCAGACUUAAGCUCUAAUAUGCCACCAACCAUCACGAGCCUGAAUACCACGUACAAUCAAACAGAUAUCAAUGCAAAAGUGGAUUUGAAGAUUGGCGGAAUCGCCAAGAUUUUUCAGGGGACACCUUCUAUCAAAAUUCGCUGUCCCGUUCGAAAGUUUGACAAAGCGCAGAUCGUAUGGACGAAAGACAACAAGGAAAUACGAAAAUCCAGAAAAUACAAGAUUAGCAGAAAGGGAGCUUUGAAAAUAAUUGAUAUAGGUUCUUCGGACUCGGGAGUUUACGGUUGUAUUGCGGGAAAUUCGCACGCAGAGACGCAGUUGAUAGUAAAAUUUCGUUCCAAAGAGCAGAUAAGUAGUGAGGAAUAUUUACGACUUGGCAAUUCCGUUCACCUACAACGAAACGCGAACCUCGAUUCUGCACCAGCAAAUUCUGGCGAAAGUCCAUACACUGAUCAUGCAGCAGCCUACGGAAACCGUUUUGAUAGCGAGGACCUUAGCCAUGAACGUGCAUUUCCUAGCAAACCGACGAGAAAACCACAUCAAAAGAAACAGAAGACCAGUCCCACUCCGUCAGAUGCCACGAUGAUGCAUAAAGAGCAUACUGUUACCUCUCUCAACCAGCCGGGAUAUCACGAGUCCGUGGAAUCACCUGCUCCAUCAAGUGCUUCCACUCUUGUGCCGCACUUAAGCUACUUGAUAUCGAGCUUGAAGGCCUAUUGGCCGUUUCACAGCGAAAUAGCCACAAGUAAUAAUCGCAAAACUGUUUCCACACCAUUUGUCGAGGACGGUCAUAAAAGGAUGGCGACAACAAAGCGUAAAAUGUCUAAUAAAGAAGCCGACUUCACGUAUCAAAAUGUAGAGGAUAACUUUGACAAUUUGUAUCGUAAUACAGCCAUCCCAGAUGAGACCUUCGGUCCAGAUGAAGAACGGAUAUUUAUCGAUGUCGAUCCGUACGAUUUGGACGAAUCUGUAUUCGGGCUGCAACAUGACGACGAUAUCAAAUCAGAUAUAAUGGAGAAAGUUGAUACCAAGCUUACUACAAAGCCUGAUAUCGAUUAUAUCGAAGAAUCAUUAAAAAAUGUGAAACGACAGUGGCAAGAGUCGAAAACCGGAUACAAAGAUCACUGGAGCACCACGCCCAAAAGUCACGUCCUUCAAAGUAGAGGUACGACGGAAUCUAUCACAUCUUCACAAAACGGCGAAAUGAACGUGUAUUAUAUUGAAGAUUCGAGCACAAAAAAGGAAAUGCUCAAGGAAGCAGACAGUUUUACCGACGAUAGUGAUAAGUCCAUCAAUCACGACAUUUAUGGAAGUUUGAGAACUGAAACUCCAUCGAAUAUCACCUCCACAAUGAUGUCUAGAAAUCCUGAAGAUCGAUUAAGGAUAUCAGAGUCGGAUCAUCGUAGUUUGAACCAUACGAACAGGACAAUCGAGUACAGCGAAGCGUUCCAGGAAGAGUUAGAUAAACGGAAAAUCGUGCCGUAUGUGGAAAAUCACACGGCGGAUUAUACAAUCGCACGAUUUCAGACUACUAGAAACUUGGAAAAUAGAGCGAGAGAUGAUUCGACAUUGAUAGAUGCUCUGAGGUCGAUCAUCGCAGAUGUUGUUAGGGAGAAUCCUGAUAAGAACGUAAAGAACUUAUCUCACAGUCAAGAGGAUCACGCUAGCUCCAUAGAAAAGGCCUUUUCAAUUGAUCUAAAAGAGACGUUUAGAGAGGGACAACGUGAUGGAGAUAAGCCCGCAAACAUUUUGACCUCCACUAUAAUGGAAGAGGAUAACACAACAAAAAAUACCGCUGUAGAAUCUCUCGCUGUAUUAGCUACGGAUAAUGUUCUGGUGUUCGAGUGGGUUACGACCGAUUGGUCGAAAUGUUCUCAAACUUGCGGAGGAAGUGGAUUCCAGAUGCGAGGUGCACAGUGUACAGUUCGAUCGACGAAAACAGAUGGCAACUUCACGCACGUUUCGCCAAGAACGGUAAUCGGUCAGACAUUGUGUGAGGACGCGGGAUAUCCGGUACCGCAGAAGGUGAGACCGUGCGGAAUGGGCAAAUGCCCUCAAUGGCACGCCACGGAAUGGACUCCGUGUGAAACGUCCAGAUGCUUUAACUGGAAAACAGCGAUGCAAAAACGAGACAUUAGCUGUCGUUUGGUGCACGACGCUAAGGAUGGACAUGAAAAUGUCACGUUGUUGGACCCGAGUAAGUGUGACGAGGCUACGAGGCCGCUACAAAGACAGGAAUGCUACAAUGAUGCUUGUAAGGGCGUUUGGAGGGUCGGCGAAUGGACUGAGUGCACCGCGUCUUGCGAGGAAGACGGUAUCAAAUAUAGGAUUUUACAAUGUGUCUGGUUUGGUACAAAGAAGCCAGCGGGAAAUGCUUGUAGAGAUAUACCACGACCUCCUGUAAUGAAAACAUGCAGGGGUCCGCCUUGUCCUCAGUCUACCGACAUCAAGGACACCGUCUUCAAUCUCCUCAACACUAGGUCCGCAAUCACCGGUGAUACUGGAGAGUCCAUGGGGGUGCCAAAGCUCUGCCUGUAA